AUGAGUGAUUUGUUCAGGUGGACGUGGGAAGAGGACAAGCUAUUCGAGGAUUGCAUUCUGGAUUAUGUUGGUCGAUGGGAGGAAAUCGCUGCUCGUUUGGGGACAAAAUCUGCGGCUGAGGUUGAACGCCACUACGCUCUGUUCUUGAAGGACUUGGAGGCGAUGGAAGCCGGGGAGAUUGAGUCCCCGGCCUACUUGGAAUGCUCCAAAUCCGUGAAAAGGAAAAUGAGUAAAGCUAGACCUUGGACUGAAGAUGAGCACAGUGACCUAGAAACCCGAUUUUCCGCCAUAUAUCAGAAGAAGCCUCUGAUUCUCCUCCGCCGCUUGCUGCAGACCGCUACCACUCUCGGCCGCUGGUUCGCCCUCCGCUAUUAUGAUCGUAUCACCGAGCGUGCGGACGUCAUGUUCGAGGUCAGAGCUGCUGAAUUGAGGAAGAUAUUAGUACAACUUGGCCCGGCUUAUAUCAAGAUAGCUCAGGCCAUUUCGUCUCGACCAGAUUUGAUACCUCCCACAUAUUUGGAUGAGCUUUCACUCUUACAAGAUCGAAUUACACCAUUUUCCACAGCAGUUGCAUUUGAUAUAAUAGAACAAGAACUUGGAUUACCAAUAGAUGUACUAUUUUCAGAAAUCUCCCCUGAGCCUGUGGCAGCAGCAUCACUUGGACAGGUUUAUCAAGCUAGGCUGCAAUCAAGUGGGAAGGUUGUUGCCAUAAAAGUGCAGAGGCCUGGAGUUAGAGCUGCAAUCUCAUUGGACAUACUGAUCUUGCGUUUCUUGGCAGGGGUUAUAAAGAGAGUAGGAAGAUUUAACACAGACCUUCAGGCAGUGGUUGACGAAUGGGCAACAAGCCUUUUCCGGGAGAUGGAUUACAUCCAAGAAGCAAAAAAUGGAAUAAAAUUUAGACAGUUAUACGGCAGCAUAAAUGAUGUUGUGGUUCCUGAAAUGAAUGUUGAGCAAACAACUGGCAGGGUUCUUACCAUGGAAUGGGUUGAGGGUCAAAAGCUAGCGGAAGUGAAGGAUCUUUACAUGAUUCAGGUGGGGGUCUAUUGUUCAUUCAAUCAACUUCUUGAGUUUGGGUUUUAUCACGCUGAUCCGCAUCCUGGAAACCUGCUUCGCACAUAUGAUGGGAAACUAGCCUACCUAGACUUUGGAAUGAUGGGUGAAUUCAAAGAAGAACUUCGUGAUGGCUUUAUUGAAGCCUGUCUCCACCUUGUUAACCGUGAUUACGAUACUCUUGCAGUAGACUUUGUAACUCUUGGGCUUCUUCCACCAACAGCUGACAAGGAAGAAGUUACAAAAGCAUUAACAGGUGUCUUUCGAGGUGCUGUUGACAAAGGAGUUCGCAACAUAAGCUUUGGGGAUCUUCUUGGAGAUUUGGGAUUCGCCAUGUACAAGUACAAGUUCAGGAUUCCAUCUUAUUUUUCGCUUGUCAUUAGAAGCCUGGCUGUUUUAGAAGGAAUUGCCAUCAGCUCUGAUCCAGAUUACAAAGUUCUGGGCAAUACUUACCCUUGGAUUGCCAGAAAAGUGCUUACUGGAAGCUCAGCAAAAUUGAAUUCUUCAUUGCAAGCUCUUCUUUACAAGGAUGGUGUGUUCAGAAUUGAUCGACUGGAGUCUCUCUUAUCAGAGUCAUUGCGUGCCAGGACAGAAAGAGCUUUGGUUGAAGAACAGGCAAAAGACAACUCUAAGAAGAUGAUCAAGCAAGUUUUUUCCUUUACUUUGGAUGAGACGGGAGCAUUCGUGAGAGAAAUACUUCUUGACGAGUUUGCUAAGGGCUUGGAUGCACUUGGAUUAGCGACCUUGGACUCACUUAGGGGAAACCUACCCUUCAGGCCAAGUUCGACCUCCAUGACUGAUGAAGAUAUCAACAAUCUGCAAACACUGAGACGCCUUACACUAUUAAUUUCAGAGCUUCAACAAACUGAAACUUCUGCAGUGGGAGUCAACAUCCAGAAACAACCCUCAGAUGGAGUCGCACUGCUCCCUUAUGGAUCGAAAUCUGCUCAGGAAAUGCUGCCAGUUCUUUUCUCUGCAAUUUCUGAGCAGAUUAGAGAAUUGGUGCUUUUGCAUCUAGGCUGGAUGGUUCUCCAAUGUUUACUUUUUAACAGCAUUCGAGUAUUCUUUCUUGCUAAUUUCGUCUCACUCUUCUUUAUAAACUCUCCCACAAGAUUCACAACAGCAAUUGCUAAGACUGCCAGCAGAUCUUGCUGGAAAACUAGUCUCGCGCAUUGCUGCCAGGACGUUAAAACGUGCAUUCCUAUAAACUGAAUGUCAAAGUUGUGGUGGGUUUUGUGUGUGUUUCACAUCAGCUACUACCUGCCUUGUGAUGAGAUGGAGAGAAGCACACAACUCAACUGGAAAAACACACAAUAGCAAUUGGUCUUGAUUCCCUUGUCUUGUGUGUAAUUAAUUGGCCACUUGUUAUUCACUCAAAUCUUUUUCUUUAAUGGAUUCAUCCUGCUAUGGUGCAAA